AUGGAGCUUGGAGACCUUGAGCCUAGUCCCCUGGAGGGAGUCCACAAGCUGCCCGCCGAGCUUUUGUGCCACAUCUUCCGGCUUGCCGCUUCAACGCACAUUCCGACCGCUCACGCCUGCGCAUUUGUCUCAAAAAAGGUGUGCCGCUGGACAGCACCGGAUCGAUGGAGGACCAUAGUGUGUACGAGCUUGACGCAGCUGGACAGCCUGCUGAAGCUGGUCAUAUCUGACCUUGAUUUGGAAUACUCGACACUGGGUCGUAAGCCUUUCAUAUCUUUGCCAAGCGAACAGCCAGGCGAGUUCGUCUACAAUCUCUUCAUCGAGACAGAAGACGAGGAGGAAUCGUCAGAUUGGGGAAUCGUCGCCUACAGAGAUCGCAUUGAUCGGCUGGCUAAAUACGAUCCGCUGAUGUAUUUCCGGAACGUCAGCUAUCUCGCCCUUGGAGAUUACGAGAUCGGCCGCCUGCUGCAAUGUUCGGGCUUCCCGCUCGUUCGCAAGUUGCUGGUGACAUAUUCCGACGAGGUCUAUCUGCGAGAGUUCUUUGACGAACUGGAUGGGACCUAUCAGCCGCCGCAUAGCUACGACGACGGAAAUUCCGCACUUCAAUCAAUACAUGUCGUAGCUAUCGACCGUCGCAACAAACUCAGCGGAUUGCCGAUGCCCAUACAAUUGUUCGCAAGGAUGCGCUCAGGCAGCAUCUCACGUGGCGGCUAUGUGUCGCACUUUGUCGACAACAUUGACAACUCGCCCGAUUAUUGGAUUCCACCAACAGAUUCUGAGAAGUGGAAUACGAACGUCAAGAUUCGCUUCGACACGCGCAAGUUCGCCUUCAGGCCAUGCGAGAUCACGGCCAGUCGGCUCAAGCCUUUCUUCGAUGAGCUCACGACGGACAUCGGCGAGGCUAGCGGGGGCGAUCAGCCACUCCGCCCUGUCACUGAGGCCUUCUCGCACACGGGACCCCGCCAUGCAGCGCCCCAUCGUGGCGCAGGCAAUCAAGUGAUAGCCCAGCUGAAUGGCAGAAACCAGACGACUGUUUCGACGCCAAAGAGAGAAGCGCUGGCGCGUCUGGGCUGCGGAAAGUUCCAAAAACUUCACCUCUGCUGGGACCCGUUGCCCGAUGGCGAAGGGACCCCGUCGGACGAAAGCCAUCGUGCCGGCGAGACGGAUUGGCCGGUGGAACGUCAGGACAUUUGGACCAACACGGUCAUGCACGCCAAGGAGGCACGGACACAGCAGUCGCGCGUGCAAAUUUCCCGGACUGGGUGCCAGCCAGAGACACGCAAGGACGAGCUUACGUCGAGGCCGGGGCAGAAAUGGGUUAUCCCGCCUGGAGCUGCGUCGAAGGACUCAGCCUCAUUCAAAGCGGACAUGGUCGACUCUAUCCGUACGACGCUCGGCUGGACGCGGCAGGAACAAGAGCUUCUGAGCAACACGCCCCUGUUCUCUCGCGAUGCUGACCUCUCGAACCAUUUCGGCAGCCACGAGCGAGUCGACGUGUUGAAGCGCAUCGUUGCCGCCCACUUACCUCCGGGCGCCAUCGACGAUCCCAACGAAGCGCUUGCGGUCCGCAUCGUUCCUCCCGCCGAGCGACUCCGACUGGGCGGCUACUACGUGCCCUUUACCAAGAAGCAGCGCGUCCAAUGGUUCCUCGACAACCUGGACACCGACGAGGCGUAA